GCGAAAAACAGCAAUGUCGGAGCAUCACACAGGCCCGGUCCUCGCCGACUGGAGCGACGUGGCUGCAUGGAAGCGCGGCUUCCUCGACGCCGCAGCGACCCGCGGUCUGCACAAGUACUACACUGUCCACGACUACGAGGACCCAGUGACCAUCUCGCAUGCCCGACGCGUUGAGAUCCACGCCGCCGCCGAGAACACGGUGCCGCCCGUGCCGCCCACUUUGCCGUCCGCCGCGUUUCGUGACGCUGUGCUGGCACGCGCCCACGCGGUCGUUGCGCAUGUGGCCGACGCCACGCGCGCCGAGGCUGCUAAACUCCAAGCGCGCACCACGGCGGCAGCUGUGGCAUUUCUACUCGCGGCGCUGUCGCCCCACCUCCGCGACGAGCUCGACAGCAGCCUCGCGCCGUACGCACUUUGGGCUGACGUCCAUGCCAAGGGCUACGUGCUCAUGGACAACUGCCGCUUCUUUGGGCUCCUGGAGAACGUACGUUUGGCCGACGACGACGAGCUGCCUCAUGGCCUUGCACACGUCGAGCAGCACAUCCAGCGCUUCGUUGACGUUAUCUUUGUGCCAAGCCAUGGCUCUGACGCGCGACUUCUAGCGGCCGCCGAUCGUUUGAAGAUGGCACUGCUCUGCAAUGCGUGCCCACCAGAAAUGACCGACGUCUUCGAAACAUGGCGCGCCGACGAGCCGGUGUGGGACUAUGCGUCGAUGCGGCGUCGACUCGUCGAGCACUGGACGUCGCCGCGUCUCGGUAGCCGCGCGGAGGCUACAUCACCAGCGACAGUAGCCCAUGCGAUGGCAACAGACGCAGCGUCCCGUCCGCUCAGUGCAUUUGCCAUCCUCGUGCGUGCUGUUGGCGACAGCCAGGAUCUCAUGGGCGAUCCACCGGACGUGGCACGCCCAGCCACAAGCACCAAACAAAGCCGGCGAGCAAAGCGUGCGAUGGAUGCCACGUCGCACGGAGAGUGUGCGAGCGAGGGCAGCCACCGUCAGCACAAACGACCCAAGACGACACCCAAAGACGAUGCGAGCGCCCGUAGCCGACGCGCUUCACCCUUGGCACGCGGACGACAGCAAGAGAAGACGCCGACGCGCAUGUCGCCACGAGAACACGUUGGCGCCCUGCGGACGUUGACCAAGCCGGCCAAAGCGUCGCGUUCGCUCGUCAUCAACACUGGCAACCGCUACUCGAAGGAAGAGGUCGCGUUCUUGCGCGCUCAUUCGGGAACGAGUGACACGUAUAAAUCUAUCUACAACCGUGGGCGCGCCCAGGGCCUCUUCAAGAGUCGACCGCUCCGCUUGAUCAAGUGCAAGCUGUCGCGCCUCAAGGCCGCUGCGUCCGCCAUCGCGUCAACGUCCGACGACGAGGUUUCUGCUGUGUGAAUCCAAUGAUUUUGCAUUUUGUGUUUGACGGUGGCUGAACCUAUGGCUCUCGAAGCUUGUAUUCA